AUGAUUUCAAAUGCGUUCUUCCAUCCCUUGGCCCCUAUCCCAGGAAACAAACUAAUCGCUUCUACGCACUUGUUUGAAGGGCUGUUCUUUCUAUCUGGCAGGGUUCAUCACUUCUUCCCUCUAGCCCAUAAGCUAUAUGGAAAGGUAGUCAGGGUCGCGCCAAAUAUUGUCUCUGUGGCCGAUAAAGACAUGAUUCGAGAGAUCUUAGUGACAACCGACUACCCCAAGAGCGCCGUUUAUCAAGCCUUUGAUUAUGAUGGCCAUGAAAACCUAUUCUCAGCCCGCAACAAGAGCCUCAAUAAGAACCGACGCCGACUUGUCGCUCCAGCUUUCGGCCUACAAUACCUUCAGUCUCUUGAGCCACUUAUACAUAAAUGCAUUAGUAGCCUUCUACAAGAGAUCGAUGGUAUUCUCGAUGGUUCGAGGACGGCGAAGAACAAAACCUCUAAAGCACUUCCACCUGGUCAGAUCAAUAUUUAUUCUUUUAUGAUCCGACUCUCACUUGACAUCAUCGGAGAGACCAUAUUUGGCCAAUCCUUUGAGAUGGUCAAGGACGAUGCUCACCCGGUUCCUCAACAGCUAGAAAAAACAAUCAAGCGAGCUAUGACGCAAGCGCUCAUUCCAUGGAUGAAAUAUGUGGACCCAUUUGAUUCCUCUUUUCUAGAUUUUGGUGCUGCUUGUGUCAAGCAGCGUAAGGCUAGUGGUGAAGAGGGGCGACGUGCAGACCUGCUACAGUAUCUGAUUGACGCACAAGCCAAAGAAAGAGAGGACAGUGAUGGUGAAAGCGGUGACGAGCGUGAGGACAUGGUUUAUGGUAAAUUAACAGAUAAGGUUAUCGAAGUUGAGGCAUGUGUUUUCCUGAUCGGUGGAGCAGAUACCUCGUCCAUUAUAAUGACAUUUACGCUCAUGUUCUUGGUCAAACAUCCAGAUAAGCUAAGCAAGCUGAGAUCAGAGCUUGACUUCGCAACCGCUACUAAUCCCUAUGGAUCUCUACCUACUUAUGAGCAAAUCCGCAAGCUUCCAUAUCUGACAGGAUGCAUCAACGAGUCCAUGCGACUUAAUCCUACUAUCACUCUAGGUAUACCACGAGACGUCGAUGAGGAUGUGGUCAUAAAUAACUAUUAUUUUCCAAAGGGAACAACCCUAUUUGCGCACCCAUUGCAACUUCAUCUGUCUGAGGAAUACUUCCCACAGGCUGAUAAGUACAUUCCAGAGCGCUGGAUCCCUGAUGAGUCACCUUUUCCGCCUGUUCAGGACUUUACAUAUUAUCCUUUCUCUGCAGGUAGUCGCAACUGUAUUGGCAAAAACCUUGCAAUGAUGGAACUGCGACUGGUCCUGGCGGCGUUGAUCCUUACCUACGACAUGGAGUUAGUUCCUAAUCAGCGUGAGGACUGUGUGCAGUACUUGACACCAUCCCUGGCCACAGGAAGUUAUAUUAUCAAGAUGAAGAGGCGGCAUGGAGCGCAGAGCAGUGACCAUAGAUCAUGCGUAUCCACCUAUUAA